CUCUUUCCGUCUCUUCAAUUGCCCCCCCCCCAAAGGAGUGUGAGGGGGAGGUGGCUUAAGGAAUAAGUCAAGAAAUGUCCCCCCUCCCCGCUUCCCCACUUACGUCACCAGCCGCGGCUAUAAAGUGAGGACCAGAGCUGGAGUCAGAGACAGGCCAGUGCUGAGGCUGGGACCAGAAGGAGCAGAGGCAUCUGAACGGGGCUGGGGCCGGAGCUCGGGCCGGGGCUGAGCCCGAGAUGUUUUACUCAGGGCUUCUGACCGAGGGGGGCCGCAAGGAAGCCGAUAUGCGGGAGGCUGCUUCUCUGCGGCAGCAGCGCCGGAUGAAGCAGGCUGUGCAGUUCAUCCACAAGGAUUCGGCUGACCUGCUGCCCCUGGAUGGCCUCAAGAAGCUGGGCUCCUCCAAGGACACGCAACCCCACAACAUCCUGCAAAGGCGCCUCAUGGAAACCAACCUCUCCAAGCUCCGAAACGCCCGGGUCCCGUGGGCCCCCAAGACCGGCAGACUCAAUCAGGCCAAGUCUGAGGGGCUGAAGAAGGCUGCGGAAGGGGACGUGAUCCUGGUGUCCUGCCAGUGCGCUGGAAAGGACUUGAAAGCCUUGGUUGACACCGGCUGUCAACAUAAUCUCAUCUCCUCUGCCUGCGUGGACAGGCUAGGGUUAAAGGACCACGUUAAGUCCCAUAAACAUGAUGGGGAAAAGCUCUCCCUGCCCCGGCAUCUCAAAGUGGUGGGCCAGAUUGAGCACCUUGCACUUACACUGGGAUCCCUACGCCUGGACUGCCCAGCGGCUGUGGUUGAGGACAAUGACAGAAAUCUCACUCUUGGGCUCCAGACUCUGCGGUCCUUGAAGUGUAUCAUAAACCUGGACAAGCAGCGUCUCAUCAUGGGGAAGGUGGAGAAGGAAGAGAUCCCCUUUGUGGAGACUGUGUCUGGCAGUGAAGAUAACACGUCAGAGGCAUAACUAAAGAUUGAGAUGUGUGCAUGAGUGAACACACACUCACACACACCCAUACACAUACAAGCCACAUACACCCCCAAGCUAACAGUUUGGGAAAGCUGUCAGGCUUGGCCCAGGCCCUGCUUCCUGGACCUCCUUCCCUCUAUGGGAGAUUCCAUCAAUUCCUUCCCCUCUGGGCCUCUCCUUUGUAGCCUGUGCUUAGAAAUCCUGUCUGGUUGUAUCUAUGGUUUUUAUACGUCCGAUCUGGUGUUUAAUGAACCUUUGACACUGCCCUGACCUGGUUGCUGGAGUGUGUCCCCCACAGUUCAGUCUUUUCUAGGAAUUUGCUUUCUUUAGCCAUGUACAGGCGCUGCCAGAAGUUGGCCCUUAUUAGAGUCACUUCCUUGUGAACAGACAUGUAAUCAGCAGGAAAUAGGUACUGACUCAUUGGCUCAAUCACAGAAAGCCAUAGCAUGGAUUAAUUGAGUUUUUAUUCACUCCACACAUAGGAUUUAAAUCUGGAAAGGACCUUACACACCAUCUCAUCCAGCCCAUUCCCUUUACAGAUGAGGAAAAUGAAGCUCGGAAUUUAGCACCCUACUCAGCGUCACAUAGCAAGGGAGUAGAAGAGACCUAGGUCUCCUGCCUCGUAGUCUGACCUAAUUUCCACUCCACCACUCUGUCUCUUCUGUGGAAGGAACUGUGAGGUGAGAGCUGUAGGGCUGGUGAGACAGCAAGAGGAAUAAAAAGGGGAGAAAGUACAGGAGUGAUGGCGCCAGGAUGGGGGAUGCCUGCCACGAGGAGCUGGAGGGGGCUUCCAGAAUAUGUCUAGAAUGCCAACAUCAGUCACUCGUUUUGGGGAAACAAUGGAGGAUUCUGGUUCAAAUAAUAACAGAUAGUUCUCUGAGGACUAUUAUCAGCUAUUAAUCCUGUAAUCAAUUUUUAUGAGAUGGACUUAGCCAGCUAGAGGGCAUAGAGGGUGAAGGGACAGGGAAAGUGAAGGCAAGGGGGUGGCUUAAGAUUUGGCCAUAUAGGUGUUGGUUGCUGGGAUGGGGCUGCCCGGGGAUCUCCAGUUGGGGAGGGGAGGACACUACAGAGUAGUCAAGGGAAUACUGGACAGCCAAGGAAUGUGGGUUUAUAUCUACCUGCCAUCAGUAACUUGUCUGACCUUGGAUGAGUCACUUCCACUGUUUCCUCACCUGUAAAUUAAUGAGAUUGGACUAGAAUCAGGGAUGAGAAACCUGCAGCCUCAAGGCCACAUGUGGUCCUCUAGGUCCUCAAGUGUGGCCCUUUAACGAAAUCUAAACUUUGUAGAACAAAGGAUUUGUUCUAUAAAACUUGAACUCAGUCAAAAGGCCACACUCAAGGACCUACAAGGCCACAUGUGGCCGCGAGGCCUCAGGUUCCCCGCCCCUGGUCUAAAUAGAGCCCUUCCAGUUCUGACAUUGUGUAGGGAGCUGGUAAGAUGGUGAGCGUUUGCUACUCAAGCUUUUCGAGUUGGAGUAUCAGAAUAGGUGUUUACACUACAGUUCCACCAUGUUGUUAACCUAGGAGAAGUCAGACGAUGAUGAUCCUAUUGGAAUUCCCAUCAGAAAUUCCACAGAUCUAUACUCAUUCUUUAGCAGAGAUUCAUAAACCUUUUUACUCAUUCACUGCCAAUGUCCCCACACCUCACAGUAGAUGAUAAAAUAAGGGACAGGAUAGAGAGGAGGAGAAUCCAUCCUGUCCAUCUACCCCAUUAGUUCUCAAUAGAACUCACAGUGUGAGCUGCCAAGACACCUCCCAGCUCCUUGAUGUGGGAACAGUCCUGUGGCCACACUGUCCCUGUCUUAUUUCACAGGUUUAUUCACAAGAUACCACCCUCCCAGCCUCCGCCCAGGCACAGACACAGUCCAAAUAUCCUGGGCAACAACAGUGAGUUCUGUGGGGUCAGGAAUCCCUGACAUUCCCACCUGGCCUCUUCCUCUCCUGUCCCACCCUAAACUGUUCCAUGGAAGGGACAGUGCCUUUCUCCACUUCAGCUAUGUUCUCUUCAAGUCUUCUGUCUUUCUCUGGACCCCCUCAUCUCCUCUCUCUGGCCCUGCCCUUUCUUCGCUCUCAAAAACAGAUUAAUCCCUGCUCACCAGAGUACAAACCACAGCUGCUCCUGAUACCUGGAAUAAGCUGAAUAUCUUCCCAUCCUUUAUUAUAAUGCUCCACCACCCCGUUUAGUCUCUCAAAGGCUCCUCACAAAAUCUGAAAUACUCCACUGGCAAGUUGUUGCCAUGAUAUAUUAGCCUAUCUUCCCCAUGUUUGAAGAUGGUGGCACUGGGGAGCAAGAAAAACUAAGGAAUCCUCUUCUCUGAUGACUAUCUAGAGAUCAGAGAAGACAUGUGUUCCUUGACUUCUUAGAGGUAAGACUCCAGGAACAGGGGAAUGGAUUAGAUGACCUUUGGAGAGUUUUCUGGUUCCUAAGCCUUUCCGGUUUUAGAAGAGAAAAUGAUUGGACGGUCCAAGCUGUGAUAUCACUGCCUCACCCAAUGUGCUUUUUGGUCAAGCCUAAAUUAAAUUCCAGAACCAAAUAGUGAAGACUUCACUUAGCAAGCUAUGCUUGGCAAAGGCAUCUUGGGAAUGUUGAAGCUCCUUGGUUAGUAAUUCUAGGGUCUCAUUAGAUUUCUUUAAAUGUCUCCAUGUUUGUUAACUGGGAAACCUCUCCUGCAGUUGCUUGUACUCUGAGGGUUGGGACUACAGACUUUCUGUGGGGUUGAGCCAGCCCUGCCCUGGGCAUCAGAUUCAUGCCUGGCAAGAGGGCCAUGGCAGGUUUCAUCUUAUGUAACUGGAGCCCAUGUUCAAUGGGUGCUUGGUUUCUGACAAGAAGCUUGAAAAAUAUGUUUUUAGAACUUAGUAUUUCUAUGUCUAAUGUAUUUGGGGAAUGGGCAUUUUCUGAUGUUUUCUAUUUUUUUGCCUUUAACUAGUCCUUCCCACAGAUAAUUCCAGUCCCUUAGCUCUAAGUCUCCUCAGUAUGGAUCACUUGGCAACAGCCUGCCCUCCUGUAGGUGAAGUAUCUUUCUAGGCUCAGAGCACUGAGAGACAGAAUGAGCUCCUUGCCUGCUGCCACCUUUGGGCCCCUCUGUUGGCACUUUCUUCUUGCAGUGUGUCCAGCCUUGUCUGGUUUAUCUGUGAGCCUGAUGUACCAAUAAAGUGAAACCUCAUCUCAA